GAACAGACUAAGGAGGAGAACAGACUGAGGAGAACAGACUGAGGAGAACAGACUGAGGAGGAGAACAGACUGAGGAGAACAGACUGAGGAGGAGAACAGACUGAGGAGGAGAACAGACUGAGGAGAACAGACUGAGGAGGAGAACAGACUGAGGAGGAGAACAGACUGAGGAGGAGAACAGACUGAGGAGCAGUUCAGUCUCCUAACACGUCAUCAUCAUGUGUUGUUCUUCAGUGUGCUUCCUGGGUUCAGUCAGUCUGAAACAGAACAGCUGUGUUCCAGGAUAGGAGGAACCACAGCUGAAGGAGCACACACUGAACUGACACACACUGCUCCUCUGCUCCUCCUCCUCUGGUCCUCCUCACUAUGUGGACUUCAGCUGCUUUCCUGUGGACCUGUUCCCUCCUCUGUUGGUCCCUGGCUCUGGCUCUGGCUCUGGAUCUGGAUCUGGAUCAGGAUCAGGAUCAGGAUCAGGAUCAGGACUACCCAGACUACUACCACAUGGACUCUAAGGUGGCCCAGGUGGCCCAGGACCAGCCCAGUGUGGACUCUGUGACCAGUGUGGACCAGUUAGUCCAGCUUCUCUAUCCUGAAUACGGCGUCCUCCAAUACUGUCUGAGGAGGAAGGCCUUAGACACGCCCCCGGCUUCAGCCACGCCCCCGGUCCACGCCGCCCAUGAAGACCUGUGGGGGGGUUGGCCCAGGGAGGAGGCGCUCUACAAAGUGGACGGGACUUUGGCGAUUAUUCUCCAGGAGAUCCAGAGGACGUCCUGUCAGCCCAGGGAAGUGUGUGUGGAGGUGUCCAAAGAAUACCCAGAAUCCACUAGUCACUUCUACCUGCCUCGCUGCGUGGCGCUGCAUCGAUGCGGCGGAUGCUGCAACAACGAAGCUUUUUACUGCACGAACACAAGUCACACCCUGGUCAACAAGACGCUCAUGGAACUGGCCCCACCCAGGAUGGACCGGACCGUUGUCAUGGUAACCUUCGUCAACCACACCUCCUGCGAAUGCCAGUCCAAGCGGCCGCUCCAUACCAUAAUACGGCGAGCGGCAGCGACACAUGAGCUGUGUCCCGCCCCUGAUGCUCCCUGCACCUCUGGAUCAUUAUGGGAUGCAGUCAACUGUGUGUGUGUUUCUAUGGAAACCACAAAGGCCUCGGACAGAGACGCUGAGGUUCUGGACCUGGGUCUUCUGGCUCUAUGUGGACCACACCGGGUCUUAGAAGAAUCCACAUGUGAGUGCGUUUGUCGGAACGGACUGACGGAGGCCAGCUGUGACCCGGGAUGGAAACUGGACCAGCACACUUGUGAAUGCCAGUGCGAGGGUCACCGGGAGGGGAGGUGGUGUCCUCCAGGCCAGAGGUGGGAGGAGGAGCUGUGUGGGUGCGUGUGCGACGCCCACUGCCCCGGGAAUCAACCCCUCAACCCUGACACCUGCCUGUGUCAGUGCAGAGAGAGUCCACAGUCCUGUUUGCGGCAGGGCAAGAGGUUCAACCCCAGCACCUGCAGUUGCUAUCGGUUGCCGUGCAGGAGGCCCAGGCGUCUGUGCCUCUCUGGUUUCUACUACAGUACUCAUGUGUGCCAGUGCAUCCCCAACUACAUGAGACCUGAGUGGAAUUGAACCAACAACCUCAGGAUGGACACGAUGGACACACUGGACAGACUGGAGACAUUUGGACCCAAGACAGACAAACCGGAUGGACAGUAGCACAUAUAUGAACGACAGCACACGUAUGGACGACAGCACACAUAUGAACGACAGCACACGUAUGAACGACAGCACACGUAUGAACGACAGCACACGUAUGAACGACAGCACACGUAUGGACGACAGCACACGUAUGAACGACAGCACACAUGGACGACAGCACACGUAUGAACGACAGCACACGUAUGAACGACAGCACACAUGGACGACAGCACACGUAUGAACGACAGCACACGUAUGGACGACAGCACACAUAUGAACGACAGCACAUAUGAACGACAGCACAUAUAUGGACGACAGCACACAUAUGAACGACAGCACACAUAUGGACGACAGCACACAUGUGGACGACAGCACAUAUGAACGACAGCACACGUAUGGACGACAGCACACGUAUGAACGACAGCACACGUAUGAACGACAGCACACGUAUGGACGACAGCACACGUAUGAACGACAGCACACGUAUGGACGACAGCACACGUAUGGACGACAGCACACGUAUGGACGACAGCACACGUAUGAACGACAGCACACGUAUGAACGACAGCACAGGUAUGGACGACAGCACACGUAUGAACGACAGCACACAUGGACGACAGCACAGGUAUGGACGACAGCACAUAUGAACGACAGCACAUAUAUGGACGACAGCACACAUAUGAACGACAGCACAUA